CUCACACACACUCAUAAGCACAUGCUCACAUAUACAUAUGUAUACAUAUUCAUAUACUCACACAAAAUAUGACCUGCCAACCAUAUCACUGACAACCUUGGUUCAAACAGAUCUCCCCUCCUCUUACGCUACUUUUUCUCUCACUAUACAACUCUCUCACUAUCUCAAGAUCUUUAACAUUCUUAUCUUCAGUUCUAGAUGAGUAAAUGUACAGCAGACUACAGGAGUAGACACAGUGCCAGUUAAUGAUGCUGCACAUCAUACACACAAACAUAUAAGAUUUAAUCUCUUUACGUGAGAAAAACAGGGAAGGAGAGAGAGAGAGAGAGAGAGAGAGAGAGAGAAAACAUAAGAUAAGACAGCUCAAAGCAUUUCAGGGACAGUGGUUUCAAAUGAACCUAAAUGAUAUAAUAUUUGCAUCAAUAUAUUUAAUGAAAGGUUCUGUUCAAAAUCUUCCUACAAAAUACCAUUAUAAGACAUUUGCACCAUUGAACCAUUUUACUAAAAUUAAUUUCCUGUUGAGGUAACAAACAAGUUACCUUUGUUAAAAAAACAAAAAAAAUUGGAUUGAAUCAACCUCGGUGUAACAUUGAUACUUAUUCCUCUGGAUUAUAUUAUUUUAUCGGAGAAGUAUGAAAUAUAAAAGACAUAGAAGAUUCAAGGGAAUUCAAACUUGGAAACAGUGAGAAAUGAGAUUAACACUGCAAAGGUUAUAAUUUAGUAUUCUAAUAUUUCUGCUAACUCACCAUGUUUUCUUUUAUAUUCACAUGAAUUGUACAAAGAAAUUAGUUUCAAGCAUUAGAAAUCUAUAUAAAUUUUCUACUGAUCUAUUAUCACCUCAGUUUCAUUAACUGUGAAAUUAUGUUACACUUACCGUGAAAUUUAUUGAUGAAAGAAAACAACAACAAAGAGAAAAGAGUUUGUUGACAAACAGCAGUCAACCAUUGCUGUUGAUACAAACUACGAGAAUACUUCAAGUGAGAAAGAGUGCAUCAAAGUUUAUUCUGCCACUUGCAGACACUAAAACUUGCAGUGACUUUGAAUUAACCAAUUUGUCAAGAUGCUCAAGUGGAAAAAUAAAUCGUUUAAACCCAACAGUUCUUCUCCAGAAAAUGUAAAAAAUAAAGAUACUUCAAAAAACGUUAAACCAAUCAAUUCAAUUUUUAAAAUAUCUACAUUUAAAAAGACCCCAAUAAAAGUUACCACUUUUAAUGACAAAGAUAAUUAUACGGAAAUUAAUUGUAAUACUAUGGAGGCAACAAAUGGUUUUUUGCUCAUGGGUGGAAAUGAACCCACUGAUUUGGAAAAAAUACCCAAUAAAGCAAACAAUGACUCAUCAGAUCAAACAAAUAAUUCCACUCCUUUUGAUCCUGAACCAUUGGAUCAUAAAGUAAGAGAUAAUCCUCUUUAUGAAACUCAUACACUAUUUGAAAAGCCUUCUGACACCUCAACAUCAGAAUAUCAUGAUGUCUUGGAUUCAUUACAGAGCAAUGAUGAUCAAAUUGGGGAGAUUUCUCAAAAUGUAGGUGUUCUGUCUCUAAACAGUGACCAAAAGACUACUAUACAACAUACAGACAAGUCACUCUAUGAGUCUAUAAAUCUAAAAGUUUAUGAUAACAAUAUGGAUGGCCUAAAUAAGGAAUCUAAAUUGAUGACUAAUAAUCGGAUGACAGUUGCAGCAACAGUUGAACCAGAUUACCUCUCUCGAAGGAACCUUUUAAACUCAAACUUAAUGGAUAAUGAUUAUGAAGAAAUUUACAUUCCUGACCCUGAUUAUGAUGAAGAUGAAGCCACUCUCAGCUUUAAGAAUGAAGAUUUUGGCAACACAGAUUCACAGGAAAACUCUCCUCGGCAACUCUUUACGAACUAUGAAGGAGAAGAUUUUGGUAAAUAUCUUUCUGAUGAGGAAGACUUUGUUGAUACAAAUGGUUACACUUGGCGCAAAAAUAUUCAGUAUCAGACUUCAAGCCCUAAAUCACAGAAAGCUAACACAGAAAUUAAAAGGAACCGACCAAAAAAUCCAAAACAGCUCAAGCAAUGUUCAAAUCUGCCCCCAAAAUAAAAGGUAAUAUAAUGAGACACAAUUUGAGGGAUUUUAGCUAUGCUGAUACGAAGAUGAGUGUAAAGCCAACCACUGCAAAACCUGAAAGCCGCUAUCAGAAGAAGCAGGAAAUAUUUACAGAUGAUGAUGAUUUCAUGCGCACAAAGAAUUCCUAUGAAAAGUUUUUAACCACUAGGGUGGUCGACAAUAACCGAGGAACGCAGUGGACAGCAAAGGAGCUGGAAUCAAGAUUUAAUGAAAAUCAAGCUGAAAGUAAACCACCCAAAAGAACAAAAAAUGGUAAUAAUACUAUUGUUGGGAGAUUAACUUCAAAACUUCGGCCCAAAUCAGAUACUAACUACUAUACGUCUACUUCUAUAAAUUCAUAGGAUAUUUCAGUCCUUAUUUAUCUCUUAUUUGUACUUUCUAUAUAAUUAUGUAUCAUAAAAAAGAUAUGAUUUAAUGUGUGAUAUUAUGUCUAUUACAUUUUGAUAUUACAUAAAGUAUUGUAUGAGACAAUAUACAAUAUAAAAUCAUAUUUCAUAAAAUAUCAUCAAUACUAUUGAACUACUAUCAAUAUAUAUGGACAUUUAUUCACUAUUACACAGGAAAAUUAACACAAAAUUCAACAGCAGAAACAAAAUUGAGUUAUUUAGAAAAAUUGUAAAAAAAUUAUUUUUAUUUUCAACUUAUCCUUUAUUUCUCUUCAACAUUUCCUUCCAACUACUAAGUUACAGUUCAUAUUCAUUUAACCUCCUCUGCCUCUCCUCCAACUUCUAUCUUUCUCUUCUGAUUAAAAAAAAAAAAAUGACUUUAUCUUUUUCUCCUUUCUAUUCCUUCUUUAUCUUCAAUCAGAUUAUUCUAUUUAACAAAGUUGUAAUUCCAGCAGGAUCUGCAAGUAAUCUGGAAAUCCAAUAGAACUAAAUAAUUUCAACAUUACUUGUAAAACAGAACAAUAUUUGGCCAAGAUUAGGCAAACAGCAUUUUUAAAACAUAUUCUUUAUCUCCACAUCUGUUUUAAUUGCAGCCUCUAUUAUAAUAUGGUAACAGCUGAGCAUGUAUUGCAUAACAUGGCGCCAAUGCAACAGCUGGUAUCAUUCAUAGACAAAUGAAUAAAACACUGCAAUAAUACAAAAGAAAGUAUUAAAGACCUGCCUUCUGGAAUGUAGGCUUUAGAGUUACAUGAAUACACCACAUGAAAUGUAAAUAGUUUACAAUAUUUGGCUUUAUGGAAUGUGAUCUUUGUAAUUAGUUGAGAACUGGUUAAUGGUACUGAACACUAAUAUGUAAUAAAGUAUGUGAUACAUGCCUAAGUUUCAAAACUAAAACCAAUUCUGUUGAGAAAGUAAAAAUGUUUUUCUAAUCAGAACUUGUCAGA